ACUGAGGAGAAACUGAAAGUGACUGGGUAAGCUCGCUUGGGAGGGGAAUCAGUCCUGGUCAGAGACUCAGACUCAGCAAUGGCAUGCAAUGUGGAAUCAUCUGAGGACGAUUCGUCAUUCAGCAAUGACAGUGAUGAACAGCUGAGUGGAAGUGAUGCAGCCAGUCUAUCUGGUGAAGAAUUUGACGCUGAAAGAUCUGAGCAGUGUCUGGCAGGGGGAACACAGACCGUGCCGUGCAAAUAUUACAACAAAGGCUAUUGCAAGAACAGGAACUGUAUGUAUCUGCAUGUUUGCAAAUAUCACUUCGAUGGGAAUUGCAAAUUCGGGAAAAAUUGCAGAUUGAGCCAUAGGAUGAGAUCUGACUCUGAAUCCUCCUCGUCAUCUGAUGAAGACACACCAACAAGAGGCAGAAGACAGCUAACUGAGAAACAUUACCAAUGGCAGAUUCGGGAUAGCAAAGGAUGGAAUGAUAUCAAACAUGACCAUGUGAUCGAGGCUCAGUACUCGAUGCCUGGGACAAAAGGCAUGAAACUUUAUCACACAAAAUGCGGCAUGAUCUCAAUUGAUUUUAAUAAAAUGAGAGUGCAUGGAAAAGAUCUCAAAGUUCGACGUAAGACUCUGGAGAAUUCCCCAGUGAAGGAUGAGUGGUUGUGGUAUUACCAUUGUAAGCACAAUUGGAAGCUGUUUUCAGACAAGAACAACAAAAGCGCUGACAUUGAAUGUCAAUAUCAACAGAAUUUGCAAAACUCCAUCCAGAUUACAUCGAAUCAAAGACUUUACAAGAUUAUAUUCCGUGAAAUGAUCCAGGUCAGCUUGGUCACGGGAAGUAAAAGGAGACUGAAACGGAGACCAAAGUUGCAAAAGACAAGGGGAGCUAAUAGUAGUCUUUCAGAUUCAAUGGAUGAUUUGAACAUCUCAGGGCAGCGCAAGCAAUACAUUUGGCAGUUUUCAGGAAACCAUGGAAACUGGUUCGAUUACAAGAUGCGGAGAGGAACAGACACCGAAUGUUCGGUGAGCAGUAAGGAGAUUGAAUUGGAAUACCUACAGAACCAGCAAGGAGGCAUGAUCUUCUACAUGAAUAACAGCAAGUACAAACUGGAUUUCUCAGCCAUGACUCAGAGUAAUCUCUCAACUGGUGCCACACGGUCUAUCCGUCGAGUUUGCCUCUCUCUGUCGGGGAAAGAGAUUGAAGAUGACUCACAGUAAUCGAUAAACCAGCUCUGUGCAAUGAUCAGCCUGCUCUCCUGAUUCCUGGACUGCCGACUCUGCAGUUAAAUGAUGGAUUUCCCAAUUAUUGACCAACUCAUUCAGCCACCAUGUUUGUAGCACUGCCUUCACUGACCUGUGCAAUAAGCAAUAUUUUAAAAAGGAAACAUGAAAAAUCUAACGAAGAAUAUUUGGGUUGUGAUUUCAUAUGGGGACUGUAUCUGCCCCUUGGAUGAUUGUGAAAGAUUUAAUAACAUAUCUUUGGGGGGAUAAUUACACAUUUUGCUGAAAACCUUUCUUUCAUCUGGAGGUGUUGGAAAUCUGGAACUCUCUGCCUGGAAGAGGGGCAGAGGCAGGAACUCUUAUAACAUUUAAGAAAUAUUUAGGUGUUCACAUGUGAUGCUAAAAUAUACAAGGCUGUGGGCUGGAAAAUGGGAUUAGAAUACUUAGGUUUAAAUAAGUCUUCAAAGGGUGGCAUCCCACCACCAAUCACUCUUUAUUUACAGAUGUGUAGCCUUUGACAAUAACACUGCCAUUCUCUGAGUCGGGCAUUCUGGGGCCAGUACCCCUGACACGCAUCCUUAGCUGUCAGCCAGGGCUCCCUGAUUGGACCAGGUUAACCACCCAAAUCAGGGAACUCAUAUUCUGUGAGGUCAACCUGGCUGACCCUGUUGCAGUCACUAGAAGGUAAUAGUUUUUGACCAGCACAGACUCGAGGGAUUUGAAGAGCCUAUUCAGUGCUGUCGACCCUUUAUGACUGUACUUAUGUGCAAAUUAUGUGCAAUUCCUAUGUUACAACAGCGACUACACUUCCUUUCUCCUCUGUAAACCAUUUGGGGAAUCCUGAGACAGUGAAAGGAAAAUGCAGUUCCUUUUUCUCUUUCUCAUUUUUUAAGUUGCCCCUGUGCAAGCCAUUGUUGAGAAUGAAGUUUACACCAGUAAAGGAAACCAAACUAUUUUUAGGGUGAACGUUACGCAGAGUUAGUGUUUACUAUGGUGAAGAAGGAUUACUACACUCUAAACAUUACGUGGAACAUUGAACAUUACAGCACAGGAACAGGCCAUUUGAUCCACCAUCACUACAAUGAUCAUGCUGCCAUUCUGAACUAAUCUGUCUGGUCAUAGUCCAUGCACCCUUCCCUGCCUGGUCAUGUGUCUGUAUAACUGCUUCUUUAAAAACUCUGCUUUCUCUCCACAGAUGCUGCCAAACCUGCUGAGUCUCUCCAGUGAUUUCUGUUUCAGAUUUCCAACAUCUGCAGCAUUUUGUUUUUAAUAUAUGUUUAUUGUCUGGUUAAAACAGUUAACUGGCUGCUGAUUCAUUUAAAGAAAGCCCUCGCGUCCCUGUCCAUUAGUUAUCAGCCAAUUUGGUAAAUUUCUUUCUCAUAAAAACAUUUGUGAACACCUUG